AAAAGGAAUGACCGAAAAACAGAAGCUGAACAGUCAAAACAUAAACAGAGCUAGCACACACUCGUGAGCGCACAUAGUCUUUAAUUUGACUGUUUCUUUUGACACGCAUCCUUCAUGUCGUGUGCUUUUACUCCAAGAUUUUCUAUCCAAGGUGCUAUAGCUAGCUAAGUAACGUUAGUAUAGUAGGUUGAAGACAAUAAAUCUGCGCCGAAGAUUAGAACAAACGACGUACUGUAGCUAGCUCCGCUCAUCGGGCCUAAGACUUGUAGUUAGAGGCUCUCCUCCUGUCCACACGAAGAGAGAAGCAGGAUGGCUGAGGCAGAUGGUAAAUCCAGUGAGCUUAAUGGUGGGUCUGAGGAGCCAGAUCCAGGAGAGGACCAGUGUGGGGAGGGAGAUGCUUCCACAGCCACAGAGGGGCAGUCUGGCUCUCAAGCAGCUUCCAAAAAGGCAGGAGACAGCGCAAAGGACAAGCCAAUGCCAGAUGCAGAGGGUGAGAAGGUGCCUGGCGAGGGAGAGGAGGAGGAAGACACAGACAGCAUGGAUGGCAGCGGCCUCUACUCCCUGAACGAGGAAGGGGAGCGAGAUGGUGAGGGGGGUAGAAGAGAGAGAGUGAAGGAGAGAGAUGCAGGUAAGAGGGCCGCCAGAAAGAGGAACCGCCCGAGCGGUGGCACCGCUCACCACUCCUCCAGCUCUGAAGUGGAGGAUGAUGAGGAGGAGGAAGAGCAAGAAGAGGAAGACGAGCAGGCCAUGGACGUGUGGCUGGGGGAGGAGCUGCGUGAUCUUGGCAGGCCAUCAUGGCGGGCGGUGCCCUCCCUGCGGUUGAGGGAGAUUGGCCGGGGCUCACACCAGUUUGUAAGACGUGUGUGUGGCGCGCGGGGGCUGGUCCAGAGGCUGGAGCUACAAGGGCGCCUGGAGAGACACACCGGCUGUGUGAACACCCUGCACUUCAACCCCUCAGGCACACGCCUGGCCUCUGGCAGUGAUGACCUACGGGUGGUGGUGUGGGACUGGGCACGUCGUCGGGCUGAGCUGGAGUUUGACAGUGGGCAUAAGAGCAAUGUCUUUCAGGCCAAGUUUCUUCCCCACAGUGGAGACUCAACUCUGGCCAUGUGUGCCCGGGACGGUCAGAUCAGAGUGGCUGAGCUCUCUGCCAUGCAACGCUGCAAGAACACCAAGAGAGUGGCUCAGCAUAAAGGGGCAGCACACAAGCUGGCCCUGGAGCCAGACUCUCCCUGCUGUUUUCUGUCGGCUGGGGAGGAUGCCGUGGUGUUUGGCAUCGACCUUCGCCUCGACCGGCCUGCCAAUAAACUGGUGGUGGUGAAGGAGGGGGAUAAGAAAGUGGGGUUGUAUACCAUCUUUGUGAACCCUGUCAACACACAUCACUUUGCUGUGGGAGGGAGAGAUCAGUAUAUCAGGAUCUAUGAUCAGAGGAAGAUAAAUGAGAAUGAUAAUAAUGGCGUACUGAAGAAGUUCUGUCCAUCUCACCUGGUGUCCAGCGAGUCCAAAACUAACAUUACCUGCUUACUGUACAGUCACGAUGGAACAGAGCUCCUGACUAGUUACAAUGAUGAGGACAUCUACUUGUUUGACUCCAGCCACAGUGAUGGUGCAGAUUACUGCAGGCGAUACAAGGGCCAUCGCAACAACGCUACAGUGAAGGGGGUUAACUUCUAUGGUCCUAGCAGUGAGUUUGUGAUCAGUGGCAGCGAUUGUGGACACAUCUACCUGUGGGACAAGGUCUCAGCUCGCAUAGUCCAGUUCAUGGAGGGAGACAGAGGAGGAGUGGUGAACUGCCUGGAGCCCCACCCUCACCUCCCAGGUCUUGCCACCAGUGGUCUGGAUCAUGAUGUUAAACUUUGGGCCCCCACUGCCGAGAACCCCACAGGGCUCAAGGGCCUCAAAGACGUGAUGAAGAAGAACAAGCGUGAGCGGGACGAGGACACUGUUCGACAUGGAGAUCAGUACGACACACAGCUCCUAUGGUUCCUCAUGAGACACAUGAGAAACAGACGGUCCCAGAGGACACGUCGGGAGGGUGCAGAGGGAGACACUGAUGAGUCAUGGAGCUCUCCAGAUUCCUCUGAUGAAGAGGAUGGAGGGCCAGACCACGUUCAGUGCAUGUCCUCCUGAGCCAAAGACAUAUACAAGCCAGCCACACACACACACUGCAUUGCCCUAGUAUUGAUGCAUAUAUGCAGGCACUAUUGGCUCACACAUGAACACUGGGAGACCAUGAAGUAACAGUAAAAAGGUACACACACACACACACACACACACACACACACAGAGACAUACAAACAACUGAGAGGGAGGGUGACUAGUAUAGACAGACACAACCUCACUUCUAAUCAAACAGGGAGUGAUUGUAGACAGUUGUGUUCAUGCACAGUCUGAGGGGAGGGGGCUGAUACUCUCAACACUGAUUUUAUUCUAAACGGGGUUGUAGGGAGGCUGAUGAGUGCUCACAUCCUUACACAACCAGUUAGACUCAUCUACACCCAUACAUAUGCUCUGCCAAGCCAGAGAACAUAAGAACUUCAACAUCUCACAAUCAGUUGGCCGUCAUCUGCAAUGCACACGUUACCCCACUCUCUUUCCCCUCUACUUUUCUGUUGGGGGAUUUGAAGAGAGUGGGGGAAGAAAGGGGUUGAUGUACCUUCAGACCUUUGGAUCAACCCUAAAAUGUGAUUCACUCCAUUUUCUUUUUCAAGGGCCAACCAGUGCCCCUAACAACCUCUCUAGGGUUAGCCUCAGAACAUCCGCAUGUGGUCAAUCAGCUUAGCCUGCAGAUGGCUCAUACCUGGUGACUGCAUCCCUUAUACUCUGCUGUGUUUUUUUUCACUCCCUCAGCCCAACACCUUCCAACACCACCCCCCACCCCCCCCCC